GGCUGGGGCGGACAGCCUGCGGGAUGGAGGCGACUUUGGAGCAGCAUUUGGAGGACACAAUGAAGAAUCCAUCCAUUGUUGGAGUCCUAUGCACAGAUUCACAAGGACUUAAUCUGGGCUGCCAUGGCACCCUGUCCGAUGAGCAUGCUGGAGUGAUAUCUGUUCUAGCCCAGCAGGCAGCUAAGCUAACCUCUGACCCCACCGACAUCCCUGUGGUUUGUUUAGAAUCAGAUAAUGGGAACAUUAUGAUCCAGAAACACGAUGGCAUCACAGUGGCUGUGCACAAAAUGGCCUCUUGACAUCUGAUGCCCGCUCUCUCUCCAGUGACCUCUCACCGGGAUUCAGUCAUGCCUGUCUCAGUUCACUUAUAAAACUAUUAAAGUUCCAGAAACGGACCAUUCACUUAAUGUCUAAUGUGGACUCCCUUAUUUAUAUAACAGCCAGUUAUCAAGACAUCAGUUAGAGAGGAGCAUGAUGGCCUUGUUUGGGCUUUUGUCACUCUGUUCUUGGUGACAGUCACUGUAGUCCAGGAUCACAGCCCAUCGUGGACUAGAACUAUGUAGCGCAGGCUGACUUCAAAUUAUGGUUUUCCUGCUUCAAACUCCUACAUCCUGGGAUUAUAGCAUUUGUCACUAAGGUCUAGGUCACUUUGUAUAUAGAACUUCAUUGUGGUCAAUAAACCUUCUGAGGAAAAAAAAAAA